AGCAACCAUGCAUUGCAUUAAUUUCAUAAACUGUAUACUUUACUGCAUAUCCAUAGCGAAGGGGUAUUUGAGGUGCUGACAUGGACUGCAAACAAUUGAUUUUACUUAUUUUUGUGGUAUUAUCACUUUGGAAUAAAUGGUCUUUUUCUACGAUUUAUAUUGAAGAGGGUUCCGAUGCCUGCAUAUCAUUCUCACAGGCUGAAAAAAUUGACACAGAUAGAGAACUCAGAAGAGAAAAUCGUGUACUAUGUAUCCAGUUCAAUGGGUCAAAAGAAAUAGGGUUUAUAUUCAAUUCAGCUUUAAGUGAACCAUUUACCUGUACUACAAACGACUCCUUUGUUUCUGUUUGCAUUGGAAAUAUAACAAAAGAUAAUGAAGGGGUUUACUCAUAUUACCUACUUUCAAUGUUGCUGAAAAACAGAACAUUGACAUUAGCCACCUCUCCAGUUGUACAUCAAAUGAGUCCUAAGUAUAUUGUGGAGGGAACAAAUUUCACGCAGAAAUGCCUUUACGAUGCUGGAACGCCUCCUGAAACCACACUGCAUUGGACCAAGCAGGGCGACAACAAUUUCAGGCAACAAGGAGAUACACUGAGACUGACCAAUGUACAUCGCAAUAGUUCUGGUACUUACAUUUGCACAGCAGAAAAUCAGUUUUCGACAGGAAACAAAGGACGGAACAGUCAGUCAUUGAUUGUCGAUGUGCAAUAUCCUCCAAAAGUGGUGCCUUUUAUUAACCGGGAUACCAUAGAAGGAAGGAACCUUACCGUUCAAUGUUCUUUCGUUGCUGGAAAUCCUUCUCAAACCACCGUUUACUGGACUGAUGGCUCUGGAUUUAAACAGAAUGGAAGCUUUUUACAUUUACCAUGGAUCCAGAGAAACAGAGCUGGUACUUACAUUUGUACAGCAGAAAACGCCUUCAAUAUAGGAUCUACAGGAACAAGCAGUCAGUCUGUGAAAAUCAAUGUUCUGUAUCCUCCCACUGUAUCUCAUAUUAUCAACCAGGACAUUCUAGAGGGGAGGAACCUCACCGUUCAAUGCUCCUUCACUGCUGGAAAUCCCAACCAAACCACCGUGUACUGGAUAAGGUCAGGUGACCCUGGAUUUAGACAAAUUGGACAUAUUCUACAGUUACGGAAAAUAAAUAGAAAUAGCACUGGUACUUACAUUUGUAUUGCAAAAAAUAAAUACAGCAUUGGAGGGACAGGAACAAGCAGUCGGGCUAUGGAUGUAAAUGUUUUAUGUAAACCCGAAGUAAAAAUGAAUAUCACGCUUAGAAUCCUGAAAUCAGAAAGAAUUCGGUUCUCAUCUACUGUCACUGCAUACCCAAGGCCAACCUACAAACUAUUCUAUGAAAACAAAACUAUCAACAAUAAAAUGACCAGUAGGUUAAUAAAAAAUGCUGUGAAUAACUUUACUGUUAUAUACAAUCAAACACAUAUCCAAGAAAGCGAUUUUGGGAUAUACCUUCUAGAGUUUGAAAAUGCCUAUGGAAGAUCGCUCAUGUAUGUCGAUGUUAUUCCUGUAGGGAAACCAAACCCACCAGAGGUAAAAUCUGUCACCUGUAAGACGGAAUCAGCCGAGGUAACAUGGGAGUCCUCAUUAAAUGGUGGAGCUCCUCAAACAUUCACUGCCGUUGCUAUGAGGGACGAUCGGCAUGAAGCCAGCCGGUCUGUUUCUAUGUCCGACAAAGGGGAGAAAGUCAAACAUAGAACAACUAUAAACGGACUACAGCCAUCUGUUGUGUAUAGUUUUUAUGUGGCUGCACUGAACAAACACGGAGAAACAUCGUCAGCUGGUGACAUCAGUUGCAGAACCAGUGCUGUGAAUGCACCUGACCUUAAAUUCCUAAUUGGCGCUAUAACUGGUGGAACAGUUGGUAGUAUUUUCUUUGUAGCAGUUAUUCUCUUCAUAUUCCUCAACAGGAAAUUCCAAAUGAAAUGCACAGAUCGAUAUUCCAAAUCAAGGAAGAAGACGGUAGAAGAAAAAAUAACAGGUCUACAAACAAAUGAAGGCGUCAAUUAUGAAGAACUAAAGCAUGCCGACCAGAUUCAACAAAGCAGUUACGAAGCUAUUCAAUUGGAAGAUGGUGAUAAAAAUGAAAAACCAAGUGUAACUUAUGAAAGUUUACAACCAAAUAAAGAGGAAAACAAAUAUGAAGAAUUUACAGGCCAUAAAAAUGAAGGUAAAUGUGUUUCAGUUGUACUUUAUUAUGAUUAUGGAGUAAACCUAUCUAGGCCUAGAAAUAAGACUACUGCAUUUACUAAGGCCAUGGGCAAUUGGCAAAGAUAACACAAUUUCUUCUAUUUACGAUUUUUUUGUUUACCAAAGCUUCCUUUAAUUCGUUAUUUUAGUAUUUAAAAGAUUUUGCUCGUAUAUAUCUGCAAUACAAGUUUAAAAUUGGUUACAAAAGAGGAAAAUUCGCUAGAUGGACCUCAAAUAUGGUGAUCAAAGGGAAAUAACUCUUUCUUUAUUCAUGUCAGACGAAAACUAUAUAUUAAUCAUUUAAAACAUAAACGAACAAU